GUCGCCAGGUUGCUCAUUUCCCUUCCCCAAACUGAAAGGGGGCGGGGAUAAGAUGAUGAAGGAGGAAAACCUGAAGCAAAAUCACCUCCUUUCUCGCCGAAGUCUCGGAGGGAAUCAAAAAUAAAGCCCCCUCUGCUGCCGUCUGUCUCCACAGGCAGCGGUUCAGUCCUGGUUCUCCAACGUUGCACCAGGUGUCAGCAGAGAUACCCAACUCUGAGGCGCCCCGACUCGGAGCCUCCUGGUUAUAUAGUAACCUGUUGCUUUUGGCCGGUGGCUCCACCUCUCCCUCCUCCUCUGCCUGGGCUGAGGGAGCGCUUCCACCUGCUCUCAGUGGAGCUGCGAGGUCUGCACGGGGAGAAAGGAGGGCGAGGAGGAGCGAGAAGAAGAGGGAGCCGUCAGGAACCGAGAGGGUCGUUUCCUCUUGCCCACCUCAGCCCCGGGCACCAUUUCCCCUGGGAAAAAGCCCUUUGCUGAGCACAGCAGAGCAGGAAGCCCCAAGUUCAGAAUGGCAGAGAAGCUGGACUAAGAGGAAGGGAGCCGCUCAGUGGGGAAGGAACUACGAGGACCCAGGAAACUAGGAGAGUCUAGCUGGCCUCUGAGGGAAAAGUGAAUGCCCUGAAAGCAGCAUGAGCCACAAAGGAUCAACAAGCAGCCAUCCAGGCUCUGCAAAUGGUAGCAUGGGGAAAGCUGAUGGAGCUGCCAAAAUGAGUGCAAAGGAUUUGUAUGAGCAGAGGAAGAAGUAUUCCAACUCUAACGUCAUUAUGCAUGAGACGUCACAGUACCAUGUACAGCAUUUAGCCACCUUCAUCAUGGAUAAGAGUGAGGCCAUUGUAACAGUGGACGAUGCCAUCAGGAAACUCAAACAGCUGACUUCCAAAGAGAAGAUCUGGGCCCAAGAGAUGCUGUUGCAAGUGAAUGACAAAUCCAUCCGACUGCUGGACUGUGAAACUCAGGAAGAGCUAGAGGACUUCCUUCUGCCAACAGUCCAGCUCUGCCAAACUGUGCUGAAUCAGAUGCGGUACUCAUCCAUACUCCUGCUAGUGUGUCAAGACUCAGAGCAGCACAAGCCUGACAUUCAUUUCUUUAACUGCGAUGAGGUGGAGGCAGAGAUGGUACAUGAGGACAUAGAAAGUGCACUUGCUGACCAUAAGUUUGGAAAGAAGAUACGGCCACAAACUCUCAAGGUAAACCAAGAGAAGAUUAAACAGAGACAAUCCAUCCUCCCACCACCUCAAGGGCCAGCUCCAAUUCCUUUCCAGUAUGAAGCAAGAGGCUCACCAAAGAACAACCAGAAUCGAGUGGCUCCUCCUUCACAGCAUCAUGAGCCAGAAUAUGACCGACGAAGCUCCAGUUCUCAGGAUUAUGAAGAGUCCCGGGCAAUUUUAGCACAGAAGAUUGAAAAAGAAACGCAAAUCCUAAACUGCACUCUAGAUGAUAUUGAGCUGUUUGUUGCCAAGCUUCAGAAAGCUGCAGAAGCAUUCAAACAGCUGAACCAAAGGAAGAAAGGAAAGAAGAACAAGAAGAAAGGUCCAGCAGAGGGAGUUCUGACUCUGAGGGCAAAGCCCCCAAAUGAGGCUGAAUUCGUUGACUGCUUCCAGAAAACAAAGUUGGCACUAAAUCUCUUGGCCAAACUGAGAAAACAUAUCCAGAAUCCAAGUGCUUCAGAAUUAGUGCAUUUCCUGUUUGGACCAUUGGAAUUGAUAGUCAAUAGCUGUGGAGGUCCUGAAGUUGCAAGGUCUGUCGUCAGCCCGCUUCUUUCUAGAGAUGCCACAGAUUUCCUGAAAGGGCACCUGACACCAAAGGAGAUGACGCUGUGGGAGUCCUUGGGGGAGACAUGGACAAGGUCAAGAGCUGAGUGGCCAAGAGAAGCCAACAUCCCAAGCUAUAUUCCAAAGUUCCGCAACGGAUGGGAGCCACCUCUAGAAAUACUCCGUGGAGCCCCUUGGGAAAUAGAUAUUGGCCACCUGCAAGAAGAGCUGUCAUCACCUAAUGGAUAUUCCAGCCGGAACAUAAAGCCUAUCCAGACAUCUGAUCAAAGUCCAGCAGUGGAUGCUUUUGCUCAACAUGUUACUCAACAUGUGAACAGGAAUUUUGAGGCACAGGGUAUGGCCCCGUCAAAGAGAUAUGCCAAAAUCCGCUAUGAUUUCACUGCUCGAAAUGCCAAUGAACUUUCAGUGCUGAAGGAGGAAAUUCUGGAGGUGUUGGAAGAUAAUAAACAGUGGUGGAAGCUGCGAAAUAGAAGUGGGCAGGCUGGUUACGUCCCAUUUAACAUCUUGGAUCUGGUGAAACUGGAGGAUUAUGGACUAAUUGAACAGAAAUACAAAGGAGACUUGAGUCCAAGGGGAACUGGACCAUCCAGCCCCUCACAUAAGUUACCCGCCAGCUAUGCUGGGGAAAUGCUCGCCCGAAAUUCUCCUGAUGCCAAAGAACAACUGAUUCAUCAUAUGGAUGAGGUCAACGAUGAACUGCUGAAAAAGAUCACCAAUAUCAAAGUACAACCACCCCAGAGAAACUUUAAAGUAGAGAAGACUCAACAGGUUCAUGUGCCCCUGACCUUCGAAUCCAAUGCUGAGGAGGUCAAAGCAUGGCUGGAAGCAAAUUCUUUCAGCAAAGGGACUGUGGACCAUCUUGGCAUACUAACAGGGGCACAACUUUUCUCUCUGAACAAAGAAGAGUUGAAAAAAGUAUGUGGAGAAGAGGGUGCCAGAGUGUAUAGUAAAAUCACAGUGCAAAAGUCUCUCCUAGAGAAAAGCAGAGGGGAGUCGGAGCUUCAAGAAAUUAUGAAACGACGCCAAGAAAGGAUUGAUUCUGCUACUUAAGUUUUAUCUGCUUAUUCCCCACCCCUGCCCCAACAUUGUUCACACACACUUGCAAAAAAACAAAAACAAAAAACAAAAAGGGAAAGAGAGCAAAACAAAGAAAAAUGAGGAAAAAAAGACUGCUGGAAUCAGCACCUAAGCAAUGUAAAUUGCCAUCCAGAUUGACUGUUCUUCAAGCACAAUUAGUGAGGCCAUGCUCCCUCACUAACGUGGCAUGCAUUGGGAGAGAGGUUCUAGUAUUGUAUGAAGUAUUAUUUUUAUAUCUCCAUAUUUUAUACAUAAAUGUUAUGUGCGUGAAGUUUAGAGCAUGGUAAGGAUAGGAACUGACGUUCUGAGCAAAGUCUGGAUUGAAGCAAAAUGGCCUCAAAAUGAUCUAUGGCAGUCAAGCUUCCUGUGUGGCCCUUCACUACUUUCAAAAAGCCUCAUAGAAUGGGCUGGGGGCAGAAAUGAUACAAGCCUAUAAGGAUGUUCUGAGGCCCUGUAUUUUGAAAACUACAGGCCGCCUGACCAUUCAGUUGUGUUUUUGUACACAACACAAGAAAGCCUGGAUUAGCCUAACGUGGGGAGGGGAGGGGAGAGAUUACUUCUGGGGCCACUGUUGUGACAUGUAAACAAAACAAAACAAAACAAAAAAACCAACACAAGACAAGAUGAUGAUCAACUAGCAGGCAAGUGAUUUAAAGUUUGUUUUGGAUUUUUCUAGAAUGAAGUUGGCAACCAACUAGUCUUUUCACCCUCCCUAGCUCUAAGCUGCAUUCACUGCUUUUAUAUGCCAUCAAAAGGGUACAAGGAAGCCAUCAUGUACAAAACAUAGCCACGGUUUAUCUGAGGGCAGUUUUAAUGUCAUAACCCUUAACUGCUAUAUCUCCAGGGAAAGUUGUAAUAUGAGCUAAAUGCAUAUUCUGAUGUCCUUUGAAAACCUUUAGGCUUAGCAAUUGCAUUGGUGUCCAUGCCCCCCCCCCAGUCAUCAUACCUUCAAGUCUCCAUCAUAAUAUUUGGGACUAACGCUGAAUGCCUCCAUUCUUGCAAAGUCAAGACCCCACACAGUGCUAUUGUGACCCUUAAGGGAUGGAGUAUCCAUGAUGUUUAGGUAAUUAAAUAGUCAAACUAUAAUGAAAAAAGGAAUGUCAGCAGUGUGGAUCACAUUGGAAUUGGUCUUUAGCAUUGUAUAUAUAUUCAUCAGAUGCCUUUUCUCACUGAUUGAUAUUAGAAGAAACCUAGAGUCUUUACAUUUUGUGCUUUCCAUUAUUUCACCCAUUACUAAGCAGUGCCUAAAACAGGCUUUACAAUGAAGAAUGACCUUUUGCAACUUGUAGAUGAAUUGUAAUAGUUAGUAACUAAAUAAAUACAAGAGUUGGGACAACUUUCUCUCUCUCCCUGUACUAUACAGUGGUACCUCUGGUUGCGGACGGGAUCCGUUCCGGAGGUCCUGUCGGAUCCCAAAGUUUCCGCAACCUGAGGACUGCUUCUGCGCAUGCACGCGCGGCAAAACCCAGUAAAAUACUUCCGGAUUUGCCGCAUGUGCAUCCUGAAGUUUGCGUAAUCAGAGGGUUAUGUAAAUGGAGGUUCGGCUGUACAAGACUAUUGUUUUCAAGAAUGAAGUGGAGCUGGAAAGAAUGGCAAAUGGAUGCAUAUUCAUAUUUCCUUUGUGGCAACCUAUUAACUGUGUAAUAGUUAAUAGUCUUUGCAUUCAUCCUUAUGAGCUACGGCAUUACCCAGUUGAUCAUAACCAAUCAAAAGACGAUUGAAAAUAUGAGAUUUAAUUUCAACCUGAUGUGCAUUUACCAUCCUCAAAGCAUCCAGCUAUCCAAUUUGCAGAUUAUAUGGCCUAUUAGACAAAUUGGGUUGUAUUCAAUGUAACACUUAGCAGCACUUUCUGUGGGCAGAACAACUUCCACUUGCACAGUGGUACUUUCCCUCCUCUCCCUUCCCAUGCACCCCCUAAAUCUGCUCUGGGUUUUCCCCAACCUUCCAGAGCAGAAUGGGGGAUGGCGCAAAGGGUUAGGUCUGCAAGGGAGAUGGGAAGUCCCGCCAUGCAACUAAUGAUCAUUCCACUUGUGUUAGCUGAAUACCACCCAUUCAUGUCUAGGGAAUAUUGUAAUGAAUUGAAACUUCCAUUAAAUAAAAAGUUUUCAGUCCACAUGAUGAAGUAGAAAAAGAUGAGAAAAUUCAUGCAGUACAUUCUGUACCUGCCUGGAACCCCUAAGACAAUAUAAAGCCCCCCCCCUAAUUAUAUUUUUAUAAUUCUUAGUCAGUUUCAUGCUGCAGUUUGAUAGUGACAGAGUUUGUAGUCAGUUCAUCAUGCUAAGAUGCAGAUGCCACACUGCUCCCUUUUAUAGCCAAUUAUCUCCUUUGGACAAUUAGAUACAGUAUAAGCCAAACCCCACAGCAGCAGUGGCUCUCAGAUGCUUUGUCCUUGUUCUGUACAUAUUAUAGGGGAUGACUGACUAUACCUUUCUCCCACACUUGCUGGGAAACUACUUACCCCAGCAUUGUAAAGCAUGCAGUUGACAUGGGACCACAAUGUGUAACAAUAGCAGCUGGUGGUGGUCAAUAAAACUUUAUUUAAGCUUUAAUGUCUAGUAGUACAUCUGGAAAUAGAAGCCUGACAAACUUGUAUGAACAAAAAUGACUGCUACUUACUCUUUUAAUUAGACUUUUGAAGUCUGAAAAUGCAAAUGUAUUUAACCUAUAGCUGAUUCCUACAAAGACUUGCAACAUGUCGUCUGUACAGGUUAUGAACAGCCCCAUUAUACUGUCAUUAAAGAAGCUCAAUUCCUUUGCAUGCCUGGAGAAUUUUGCAGGACCAACCUUUAGGAAAUACACACAUAACUGCUUUAUGUUCCUUCAUCUAUUACUAUUAUUUGUACAUUAGCCACAGUAGAUUUAGAUUAUUUGUACAUAAAAUGUAGUCAAGGUUCUUAAGAACAAAAACUCAUGAAGGUAUAACUACAUAGAUGAAAAUUAUGUUCACAUUAUAUAUUUUAAUAGUAGCUGCGCAUAGAUAAUUUAACAUGUUAAAAAUCAGAGCUAGUAUAAAGUUUAUAUUAUAUAUGGAAGCUGGCAAGUAUAUCCUUAGCAGAAUAUGCACUUAAUUUUGUUUAACAGACUAAGAGAGCUGAUCAAGCAAGCAAACUGCUUGUUAUAGAGAGUAACAGUAAUGAAAGUCUAGCAAAGUAAAACAAAACCACAUCUGAGCUCCCUGAAGGGUGAGAGACAAAUAUAA